AUGUCCUGCUUCUCCUCCUUCACGACGCCUCCUUCGACUACUGCACGCACUGGGCCCUCGCCAAGCACUGCCCAGGAAGUGAGCACAACCACGGGCCGUUAUCCGAUGCCAUACUUCGCCGCUCCAGGUCGACUGCCAGAGCCGCUGCCGACAGAUGCAAUCAUCAAGUGCUCUAGCGACGUCCUCAAAGCUGGUUAUGGCCGGCGUAUUGUUCGUGUCGGCCAGCAUUUCGUUGUCAAGUACGGCGUCCUCGUUAGCUUGACCGAGGGGGAGAACAUGCUCUUCGUGCGGGAGACGUGCGAUAUUUCAGUACCGCAGGUUUUCGCCCUUUAUUCACGCAUACAUCCAGGCGGAACCAAAGUCAGCUACAUCGUCAUGGAGUACAUUCAAGGCAAGUCCCUGGACAACUUCUGGGAUACCAUGAGUGCUGCAGACAAGUCGAAUACAAGUCAACAGCUGCGGCUCAUGUUGGACAAGUUACGGAGCGUUCCUUCUCCUGGAUACUUUGGGUGUAUUGGGCGACGACCCAUGGAAGAAGGCAUAUUUUGGACACGCCAAGAGGACAGCAAGGACCAUGGGCUCAUCAGUGGCCCAUUUGACACUGAAGCACAGCUCAACAAUGCCCUGGUCGAAAAGUAUCUCUACAACAGUGGCUGCCUUCCAAGGCCAGGUUUUACCGUCGUGUCUUGCCCCGCGUCCUUUGUGACCAUGCGUCGGUAUUUUCUCACGGGGACUUGCAGCGAAAGAAUGUGCUUCUUGGAGACGACGGCAACUUGUGCCUGGUUGACUGGGAGUCAGCGGGCUGGUAUCCAAGCUACUGGGAGUACGCCUCGGCCAUGUUUGACUGUGGGAACUGGCGUGACGAUUGGCACGAAUACGUCGCCGGCAUUCUAG